CCCACUCACUCGGGAGUCGGAGCUCCGCCGGCGCAGGCCUGGCCUCCUAUUAGCCUUCGCACAGCGGCAGGGAAAAGCUCAACGAAACAUGCACUGCACUGUUGCAGGGAAAAGCGCGCAGCAAAUCUCCUUCGCCGUUCCUGGUCAACUACCCUUGCGCAUGCGAGAGAGGGUAGGACUUCUGCUUGAUGGGAAGGGGCAUAACAUCGCUCAAACAAUCCAACGUUAGCGACCCAUUGCAUGAACUUGGCUGGGGCGCUCACCUUUCAGAAACAUUUAGUGGAAAGCAUAUCCUUGUUGUUUCUGUAGAUGCCUAUGUCAGGCAAUGUGAGGGCUCCGCACUGCAAUCAGAAAGGCCAGCGCUUCUGUCACCACUGAAAGCACCAUUACCAUCACAAGAAAUUGGUGACGGACUUUCUCGGAAACUGGAAGCGAGUGCAAUGUGCACCGGCUAGCGGCGGCAGCGCAGAGGGGUCCACAAUAUGGCGCUAAGCACGUCGCACCUCACAUUACACCGUGGAACGCUUUGGGGCACAGCAAUCUGCUCUGAUGGGGUCGGUGGUGGCAUCGGCCCGUUGACAUCAGCAUGCACCAGCACCGCUGAUGUCACCUUUGGGUCUCUUGCCAGGCGCGCUGACGUCAGCGCGGGCCGUGCACCCAGCGAGCGGAGCGAUUGUGCCAAGUGCCGCUCCUUCGGCACGCCUUUAGGGGGUUCAGACCGGUUGACUAGAAGUAGACGGAAGAAGAACGAGUACUCGUUUCCUAAUCUAGAUUUUCUUUCUGGGAGAGACGCGAGGGAGAGAAACCAUGUGCCAGCCGCAACCAGGCAGCCAUGGCCCGCCCCGAAAGCGGACGCCGGCGCCGACUUUUCCGAGUAUGAGAGCGAGUUUGAGAGCGGGUUCGACAGCGGGAUGGAGAGCGAGUUCGAGGGGCCGGCGGGGAGGACGCGAACCCGGCGGCGGCGCACCGGAACAGUGGGGAUCCCUCUGGAGAGCAAACUGCGGCUGCAGUUUAUGAUGCGCUUGGCGAGGGCAGCGAGGGAAGGGGACGUCGAUGCGGCGGAGGGGGGGCUGUCGGAGAUGCGCGCACUGGGGCUGAAACCGGGCGCGAAGAUUCAUCAUUCGGUGGUGUGCGCGUACGCGACGCAGGGGGACGGGGAAGGGGCGGUGCAAGCGCUCCGGCGGGCGCUCGCUACUGGCGAGCACCCCCUGCCGGAGACGUUCAAGGCGAUUCUGCAGUGCUUUGCAAAGGCGGGGCUGGGUGCCCGGGUGGAUCAAGUCCUGGCGCUGCUCGAGCGGGAAGGGCACGAUGCACUGGGGCCGUGGCAGUGGGUGGUCGACGAGCUAGUUAAGCAUGGGCACAUAACCGACGCUAACCGCGUCUUCACCCACGGGGCGGCUGGGGGCCUUCCGGUGCCGUACGAACGGUGGAUAGAGAUGCUUCGGGUUAACGAAAGCUUUGGAUUUACUGGGAUGAAGGCGGUUUGGACGUACAUCGAUUUGAUGCGGCGGAGGGGGCAUCUACUGUCGGUGCUUGAGUACAACCGCAUUCUUAAAGCCUUGUCAAACAACGCGUGGACGAUCCGGCAGCGGGGCGUCUCCGUGGCAGCCAUGGACAUCGCGAGAGAUCAGACGUGGGUUGAAAUGGAGGAGCAGGGCCCGGGCCAGCACCCCGACAUCCACAGCUUCAACACUGUGCUGGAAGGAUACAUCCGGGAGCUCAUUAGUGGCAGCAGGGACUCUGACGAGUACAUAGAGGAAAUCUUGGCCGGCCUGUAUACUGACAACCGGUUGCUCCAACCAAACCUCCAAACCUUCCUGCUCAUGUUCGAGUUCUUCGCCAUCAACCGGUACCUGGAUACUGGGCGGCGCUACUUCUGGGCCCUGGUCAACUUUUACGGCCCACACAUCCUGCGUCAGUUGCCCCAGGAGGAAGACCGCGGCCGGGGCUCGGCGCUCGACAUCUACGUACGAGGUUUAGUUCAGUCAGCCCGCAUCGACGAGCUCCUUCUCGUCCUGGCCAACAUGGAGCGCGCGGGGUUAAAAGUAAACCCACGGGUGAUGGUGGUUAACCAGUGGGGCCGGUCGUUGUGCACCAGUUGGGUCGAUCCGAUGGACGUGGAAGUUGAUCUGGGUUUCUUCAACGACCCCCUCGAAAAGUUUCGGGUAGUGGAAAUUGAGGGCCAGGACCUGCCGGGGAGUGUGAAGGCGCGGCGGAAGCCCAACUGGGCCAAAACGGACGAAGAGUUGGCGGAGGAGAAGCGGCACAACCCGGACGACCCCGGCUUCGCUUUCUUCGCCCAGGGCGCGCCGUCCAUCUCGUGGCAGAAGCACCUCUCGCUGCUGCAGCGGCGCAAGAAGCUGGACCGCCUCGACGCCGCCGUGCGCCGGGUGGACCCCGACGCGCCGCUCGAGGAGCGCUGGGAGGCGGAGAAGCUCGUCGAGCGGUGCAGGAUCGAUAUCGAGCGGUCGGUGCCGAUCAAGCGGGUCCCGAAGGCGGCGAGCAAGCUGUUGGUGGCCGAACUGAAAGAAGAACUCGCGGGGUAUAAGCAAUCGACGGUCGGAACGCGGUCGCAGCUGUACGAGCGCGUGCAAAAGGCGCGGCGGGAGGCGCGGGCGCGCGGGUCCGAGAUGUGGGUGCCGGCGGGAUACGAGGGGGAGGAGCCCGAGGAUAAGGCGGCCGCCGAAGCCGCCCUAGACGCCGAGGUCGAGUCGCGCAUUCGGAUGCGCGAGGAGGCGAAAGUGGUGUACGACCAUCCUCCGCUCCCGGGGGAUCCCCCUGACGACUGGCUCUCGUUCCUGCGCGAGCACCGGGGGGAGAACUCCGGGCGGGCGAUCCGCCCCAUGGAGCCGUACUGGUACGACCGGGGGCACCGAUACAGCGCCCGGCAGAACGAGCUGGACACGUUGCUGGAGGAGAAGACGGAGGAAGAGUUUGAGGCGCUCGCCGUCGAGUACCUGAACAAGAAGAGCGGCACGAGCGGGCUGGCGAAGGACGAUGUGCAGGAGUGGUGGCGCAUGGAGUGGGUGGACGCGGCGAGCGGGUGGGGCUUCCACUGGGAGGACGACGAACGGGCCGCGUAUCGGGACGGGCUGUUCGAACCGGCAGAAUCGUAUGACCGCAUCCGGGAGUUCAACAUGGCGCGGUAUCUCAUGCAAAAGGUGGUCGAGCUGGGCGGCACCCCGACGAUGGAGGACUUUUGUUUCCUCAUUCGCCACGCCAUCACGCUCGAAAAGGUGGAGGACCUGCCGGAGCUCCUCCAAGUGGCGCGCGAGCGCCACGGCUACGUCUACGGCCGGUUCCUGUACGAGGACGCGUUGCAGGCCGCCGUGGAGGGCUGUCAAAAGGACACCGCAAAUCUGCUCAUGCAAGAGGCGCAGGUAGCGGGGGUAGAUGUGUCGGUCGAAGUGAUGGAACGAGUUCUGAACAUGAGCGACGAAGUAGACGAAAGCAAUCUGUCGCUAGAGGAGCAGAGAAAGUUCAAAGAAGCGAUGCGAGAGGAACAACGUAUUUAAGCCCGCGUUUCCAGCCCAGGGGCUUUGAACCCUUUGAGGGGUAGAAAUCCAGAAAACGAGAGCUGGCAUGCUCAGUCGACAACCGAACGCGUGCACAAAGCAGAGUAUUGCAUUGGUUCACGAAUGCAUGGAUCUCCCCGUGUCCAAAGUCGCCCAGUGGCGCUCUUCCAGCAACACGAGAUUGUCAAGGACCCACUGAUUUCCUUGGCGGGAGUUAAUUUGCCAUGUUCGCCUGACAUUUCGCAAAGUCAGAAUUCUUAAG